UUGGUCCGGUGUGAGGGUGUGACGUCUUCUUUAACAGGCAUCAUGCUAACUAGCAUGCGAGCUAACUGACGUUGCACGGCAGCCAGCGUUGACACAGCAAGUGCCCAGUAACAAUAUUUACCAAAACAUCACUUAAAAACACCAGAUUUAAAUAAUCGGACACAGAAGCAGCUGAAUACCAUCGAAAUAUAUCUGCAGAGUAAGAAGAAGGGCGACCUCUUUAGGCUACUUGGCUAACAGCGCAAGGCCACAUUAGAUGCUACCGACCUACAAACGAUGAGAUGGGGGAGCUGGUGACUCUGAAUGUGGGCGGCUGUGUGUACAGCACGUCUCUGUCCACGCUGCUGCGCUACCCUGACUCCAUGCUGGGAGCCAUGAUCGGAGGAGACCUCCCCACGGCCAGGGACGCUCACGGAAACUACUUCAUCGACCGCGACGGCCCGCUGUUCCGCUACAUCCUCAACUUCCUGCGGACGGCUGAGCUGACGUUGCCAUGCGACUUCAAGGAGGCCAAGCUGCUCAGGAAGGAGGCCGACUUCUAUCAGAUUGAGCCCCUGAUUCAGUGUCUAGGAGACCCCAAACCCCUGCUGCCCUACCCCACUGAUAGCUACGAGGAGGUGGUGGAGCUGUCCAGCACCAGGAAGCUGUCCAAGUACUCCAAUCCCGUCGCAGUCAUCAUCACCCAGCUCACUAUCACCACCAAGGUGCCUGCAGUGUUGGAGUCCAUUUCCAGCAGUUUCACAAAGUGGAAUAAACACAUGAUGGACACUAGAGACUUGCAGGGGUCCUUCACCUUCGGACCAUGUGACCACCAACAGGAAGUCAGCCUGCGCGUCCAUCUGCUGGACUUCAUCUCCAAAGCUGGAUUCACGAUACGCAACACACGUGUGCACCACAUGAGCGAGCGGGCCAAUGAGAACACGGUGGAACAUCACUGGACGUUCUGCCGACGGACUCACAGAGCCGACGAGUGACAGAUGAAGAGACGGAGGCUUAUUCCUGGUGGAGGUUCUUGUGUUUAUAUUUUCAGAUGCAUUUUUUAAUCAAAGGGAGGUUAUUUUUGGGAUCGAGAGGUUUUUAUCCUCAGAAAAACUUUUGUACGGUUAACCAAUAAGCCACGUGUGUUUUUAUCAACUAUCAGAUAUAGCGGCAAUGUUCUGUUAAAAUAACGUGCACCUUAUCUAUUUACGUUUAUAUGUAUACAGAAUUGUAUGUAUGUAUGUGCGUGCGUGUAUAUACAGUACCAGUAAAUACUGUAUGUAUACAUGUAUAGACAUAUGAAUGUAUACAUGUAUGUACGUACAGAUGUAUUUACAGUCAGUUGUACGGAAGCUACAUACUGUAUAUCUGGCCUAUCAGCAAUAUCACAAAUCUGUUGUACAUCAAUUGUUAGAAAAUAUUAUAAUUUUCAAAUAAAACAAUCUGGAACGUUA